GUCUCCUUCUCGAGGUCUCUCCUUGAGGACUGAGAGAGAAUUCACUUUCACGUACGUGAACGCAAGGAGGCUCCUCUUUGGAUUUUUCUCCUUUUCUUUUCUUGAUUUUGCUAGAACACAGACGUCCCUGUAUAGAAGCCAGUCGAUCGCCCUUGUGUCAUCACCCUGCCUGCUGGCUGGGCAGGGUAACUCCUCAGGUCACCACCCUCUCCAGCCUGCCUUGGGCUUGGGGAGUGAGGAGGUGGGCGAGGGACAUCUGCUGACCCUGAACAUCCGCCAUCCAUCCUACCAUCACCUAGAGCAAGAUGGCCAGGCUCCUGAGGAUGUUCGGGAAGAAGGCUCUGCAGGUGGCCCCAGAGCCUGAGGGAAGCAGCUGCCAUCUUCCCACGGGGCAGAGCCACCUCUCCGUCCCCGCUGGCAGGGAAGCAGCUCCCGUCCAGGCCAGAAGGUGGAAGUGCCCGGCCUUCUGGUGAACAAAACCAGCUCCCGGCGCAGGCGCCGAGCUGGGAGAGGCCCCGACCAGGCCCAGAUGGAGCUGGUUCAGGAUGCGGUUUCGCAGACAGGACCCAGCCCAGGAGGGGCGCCGGGCAGGGAGGCUCUGGGGCUUGUUGUGUGGGCAGCAGCGGCCCCAGGAGCCCAGCCCUCAUUCCCAGCAGGAGGCAUCCCCCUGCCCGGUCACUGAGGAUCUUCCAGCCCCCUCAGACCAGGAGGUGGAAGAUCCCUGCCCCAGCACCAGCAGCUCAGCAUGGGACAGCAGCAGCGCCUGGGACUCUGUCAGCAGCGACACCGAUGGACGCUGCUGCUUUGUUCCAGGGACCCCCAGGGAUUCAGAGGAGGAGAAAUGGCUGGGCAUGUCCACAGAUGAAGCUGCUCUCAAGGUCAUCAGAGAGCAGCUCCAGUGCAGAGAAAAGGAUGAGGGGCAGCAGCUCAGGUUCCUGCAGGCCAUCUACCCCGUGUGUCUUGCUGCACAGGACAGAGGGCAGGACACGCUGGAGCUGCGCUGCUGCAAGACGGCUGUGGUGGAGAGGAUUGUGGAGCUCAUUGAGGAGCUUCCUAAAGACUCUGCACCCAGUGCCAUCCUCACCAACUGCCUGGCUGCUGUGGGCAACCUCAGGCUCUGCUCAAAGUCAUGCCAGAGCUCCUGGAUGCCAUGCUGGGGAACCUGCUGGCAGAGUCCCCAGAUGCAGAUCGGCUCCACUUCAACUUGGAGCAUGUCAACCUCUGGAUCGUGUCCAGGGUGUCCCAGGAGAGAGCCAGGGCCAUUAGGAGCAACACGGCCCUGCUCAGAUAUGCAGUCAUGCUCCCUGAGUUUGAUAUCUCAGCAGAGUUCCCUAGGAUGGGUCACCACGUGGCACAGCUGGCUCUGUUUGUCAGUGACCCAGACAAGGACAUCAGCCGGCAGGCCAGGGAGGGGACUUACCGGCUCUACCAGCUGCUGCUCCAACAGAGGGGUAAGGAACCCGCUGGCAGACGGAACCCAAUAGGGGACUGAGAGUGACCCCAGGUGGAUAAUGGGACCCCAGACAAUUUCUCUCAGACUGACCCCAGCUGGAGGACAAGUCUCUCUCUGCCUCUGUUCUUCUCCACUCCACUGUGCAGCCACCAAUGGGAUUGGAAGGACACAGAAACUGCAACCAGAAUGAUCAAAGUGUCUCUCUCUCUUCCAGGGCUGACCAUACACAAGGCAGAAGAUCUGUGGUGCCACGACUGACACCAGGACAGCAGGCUCCUGGGCUAUAAGAACACAGCCAGGGUGGGGGAGGUAAGGACACUGUGGCAGGGUAUGACACAGCUCAGGGAGUGGGGCUGGCUGGGAUGUGGAUGUCUCCUGGAGACAGGACGAGAGCCCACUCCUUAUUUCCAGCUCAGAGUUCCUCACCCAGCACCCAGUGGGACAGGCUGGUGCUAAAGGUCUCACAUUGGAACCUGGCUAGUUGCAAUGAUUUGAGUGUCUUACAUGGAGCCAUUGCUACGUGGCAUAAGGAGAAUCCCCGGGUGGGUGAGUUAAUAUAGGAUUAUGGCGCUGGGUGUCUCUCUGCUCCUUGUCCCCCUGGCUGAUCCCCAAGUGUCUGAGAGGAGAGCACUGGGUCAGUCAGUCACUAUUGCUUGAUGAGACCCUUGUUUACUUCCCUGCACCCUGUAGAAGCAGAGAAAGGAGGUGGGGUUUGUCCAAUUCCAUUGCCAGUCAGGAAGCAGAAUGCCCCAACCUGGGAACUGGGUAGGGGACACAGUGAGCUCCAGAGCCAAUAUGGACUAUAUGCGCCCUCCUCGUGUCUCCAGACCUGGCCAGGGAAUGGCAGAGUAUCUGGACCUCAGACACUGUUCCAAAGAAGAACAUUAUCACUGACCCAAGUUGCGGCUACUUGCUGCACAAGUAG